UCAAAAGUCAACACCACUUUGAACAUGACACAUAUAAACGAUAAAGAUAAAGGACAAGAACGACUGUACCCACCCCUUGUCUAAAAUGAGUCAGUAGUGUAGGCUAUUAUCAAUAGCGUUAUAGUAUGCCAGUAGUGAUUGUGUAAAAUAAUGAAUGUGGAGAAUGUAUCAGCACUGUAGGUGCGUUAGCUUGCUAGCCAGCCAGACAAUCUUAGAGAGGGAUUAUUCCAUUAUACAACUUUCAAUAACUGCCAAUAUGCUAACAUUCCAUUUAAACAAUGCAGUCAAUCCCCAGCCGUACUCUGGCUAAAAUCAGUUCAUGAUAGGAUUUACACAAGUUGAAAAUGCAACAAGUACUGAUAUUGUAUUAUAUAAUAGCACUGACAGCUUUUCAAGAAAAUUUAGAACGGUAUGGUCUUGUGGCACACGCAGGUAAAAUAGUUAAGGCAAAACUUCGAAUAUUGUUUUUAUGGAGCGAGCUCCGUUGUCACGACAGCUACUGAAAACAUUGCGUUGUGCUGAUAGAGCCGCUCGAGCUUUGAAUAGCCAGCCAAUCGGAGUGUUCGUCGGAGGUCAUGUGGCUGUUUGUUCAUCUGCCCAACGUUCUAAAAUGUAGCAAGUUUCGAUGGUAACUUCAUUGACACCGAGCGCGGGGGGCUGUAACGUUCACACACCGGGUCUUUGGAGCCGCUUCAUAGCAGGAGACAGAAAAGAGAUAUAUUUCAUACUUCACUUUCCCCGUCCAAACACCCGUGGAAAUGUUUAACAGUCUUCUCAGGGAAUUUGACGAGGACCCUUUCUUCUCCUCGUCAAGGGAUCCAUUCCAGGCACACAAUACCCGUGUACAACAGAUGAUGCGGAGUUUCUCAGAGCCCUUCGGUCGGGACUUCAUGCCCAGUCUGACUGGCGGGCGGGAAAGGGGCCACGUAUCCGGGGGCCAACUCAACACUAGCAUGGUGCCACGGGAGGACCACAGGGACAUGGAGUCGAAGAAUCCAUUCAGUAUGUUGGACAGCAUGAUGUUCGGCGUGAGGAACAAGAUGGAGGACAUGCACAGAAACUUUGAGAACCUGUCCACAGACUCGAACGGCAACACCAACGCCCACUCAUUCAGCUCUUCCUCAGUGAUGACCUAUUCCAAGGUUGGAGACGAACCCCCCAAAGUGUUCCAGGCCUCCUCCCAGACACGGCGCGCCCCUGGCGGGAUUAAGGAGACUCGGCAGUCCCUGAAGGACUCAGAGAGUGGUCUGGAGAAGAUGUCCAUUGGACACCACAUCCAGGACCGAGGACACGUGGUGGAGAAAAAACACAACAAGAGGACAGGGGAACGGGAGCUCAACCAGGACUUCCAGAAUCUGGAUGAAUCCGAGGCGCAGUCCUUUGACGAAGAGUGGCAGCAAGAGGUGUUUAAAUUCCGACCAUUUGCCCCCAAGUCCCGUCUGGAGGCCCCCAAGCCUAGGGUGGUGCAUCGGGCAGCCCUCACUGCCGCCACCGGCCCCGACCAGGGACGUAGGGACAAAGUAAAACCAAAACCUGAAGGAAGGAAAAUACACAUUGACGAUCUCAAAGUCAAAGGAUCAGGCAUGGUGAAGCAGUAGAAAUGUCUAGCAAAUAAAGCUACGUCAGGCAACAACUCUUUGAUGCUUUUACCUGUCUCCAAGACAAGCUUGGUUUCCAGGUAUUUUGUCUCACAGAAAAUCAGACAAUGACCCAGUUGUUGAUGCUACCAAGUAAAGUAAAGAACACUUGUCAAGUCAGGCACUUAUUCUGUCAGAGUAGAUCCAUACAAGCUUCUUCCAGAAAGCUCAGGACUCCCGUGGAAGUAGCAUUAAGACAGGCACACAUAAGCUACUAGCGAUUAUAUGUGAUAUAUGAUUUCAGAAUCAUGACAUUGAGCAGACAUAAUUUGUCACAUGUUAUAUCAUUGGGCAUCAGAUCAACAGCAAUGUUAUCUCAGAAAUAUUAUCCUUCUGCUUUUGGAAAUGUCAUGUUCACAUUGUAUAGAUUGCAUCAAAAGGAAACAAACAAAUAUAUUUAUGCAGUUAGACAUUUGAAGUCCAUAAGUGCACUUAGACGUCAAACUUGUGUACUUUUUAUGUGUAGUGGCCAUUGUUUUAUUCAUGUAUUUUACCUGCUGUAAUCUUUGUAAAAAAUGAUAAUACCCUUUUUAUAUUGUUAUUUGACAUGGGGUUAUCUUGUUUUUCACCAUGCUAUUAAUUUAUAACAUAAAAAACAGAAAUUAUG